AUGGAUCCGUUGAGCUUGGCAGCCAGCAUUGCUGGAGUUGCGACGGCCGCGUUCCAGAUCAUCGGGUACCUGGGGACGGUCGCUUCAGGAGGGAAAGAGCGGCUAUCGCUUCUUCAGGAAUUGUCGAAUUUGUGGAUCACGAUUACAGCCCUUCAAGCUCUACUUGCCCCGGAUGGAAAUGUCAUUGACAAGGAAAACUUGCCGCCGCAAUUAUUGUCACUUUUCGAUUCGGACGGGAUUCUAAAGGAGCUUGAAGGUCUAGUCAAGGAUGUUGAGUCCAAACUCAAGUCUCGUUCGCCGCGUGGGAGCAUUCGGCAAACGCUGGCAUGGCCGCUUGCAAAGGCAGAUGUGAUCCAACUUGUGGCGAAGAUUUCUCGGAUGCAGCAGACACUGCAUUUUGCCUUGGAACAAUCUAACUAUGCGCUCACGCAAGAGAUCCACCGGGAUGGGCAGGCAAUGAAAGCCACUAUGGACGAAACGCGACUGAAGGAGAUGAUUGACUGGCUGUCUCCACUGAAUUUCGUCGCAAAGCAAAGCCUCCUUUUCAAAGAGCAGCAUGAAGGAACCUGUAAAUGGUUUCUUGGAUGCGAAGACUUUCGCGCAUGGAAGGAGAGCGACAACGCCAUUCUUUUCUGUCCGGGAAUUCCAGGCGCUGGCAAAACCCUACUGUCAUCCAUUGUGGUGAAUGAACUGGACAAACUUCGCCUCAGUGAGAGAGGUGGGGUCAAAAACGCGGCAAUCUUGAUGUUGUACUGCAAAUGGGACGACUCGCAGUCCCAAUCGAUCAACGGUCUACUCGCAAGCUUGGUCAAGCAGAUCGCACAGCGCUAUGGUGUUGUUUGGGAAGGGACGUCUGAGAUGUUCUCCAAACAUUGCAAGGCCGGCACGAGCCCUGGUGCCGAUGAGUAUGUGUCGGCUCUCAACUCUGAGCUUCGGCAUUUUCCCAAAACAUUUAUUGUUGUCGAUGGGCUCGAUGAACUGCGAGAGGAGAAAAGCAGGCUGUUGCUUCUGGAAACCCUCGCGUCGCUGGACGCAAAGGUCAAUCUGAUGGUUACAUCUCGACCUAUUAGUAACAUCACGCGACAUUUCGCCGAUAUCCAAAGGAAGAUUUUUUGCGAUGGCUGCGAGAAGGACAAUCAGCGCUAUCAAUUCCACUGCUCCGACUGCGAUGAACAAGUUUCUGACGGGUUUGAUCUCUGCGAAGAGUGCCAUGACAAGGGAGAACGAUGUGGUCACAAAGGCCACAUUCUUGUCAAGCAAUUCAACAGCACCAGAAUGGACAUCACUGCCAUGGAACAAGACUUACUAGCCUAUGUAAAGUGGCGAGUUGGUUCAUCAGACUUCCUUCAGCGUUGUGUGGAUACCAAAACCGGCCUAAUGGCAGACAUUGUAGAGACAGUCGUUGAACAGAAUGACGGGAUGUUUCUCCUGGCAAAAUUCAAUAUGGAUACACUUGCGUCCAAGCUGCGGCCAGGAGAAGUCGUUGAAGCUCUGAAUGUCCUUCCAAAAGAGUUGAAUGGUACAUACAAUGAUGCUAUGCUCCGAAUCAAGGACUUGCCUGAAAGCCAGAAGGAAGUAGCGAUGGACUUUCUCCGCUGGGUCGUCUUUGCUGAACGCCCUUUGGAGUGUCGUGAGAUUGAGCAUGCAAUCGCUAUCACUGAAAGAGGCCGGGACAUUGACCCUGACAAUAUCAUUCGAGUUCAAAUCCUGGCAUCGAUGUGUGCCGGCUUGGUGAAAUUCGAUGAAUCAGACUGUGUCAGGCUAGUUCACUACUCAGCCAAGAAUUAUUUUUCCGAAGUCGAAAAUCAGGAUCGGUGGUUUCCUGAUGGUGCUAUAAAGCUGACCUCCAACUGCUUGACGUACCUCAUGUUUGACGAGUUCAAGCAGGGAGCCUGCUCAGGCCCUUCUGAAGCCACCGAUUUCGAUGCAAGAGUCAAGGCGUACCCAUUUUUGCAAUAUGCCGCGGAGCAUUGGGGCAAGCAUCUUCUUAAGAACCCGCGUGAUGAUCUGUAUGAUGUUGCACGAGCCCUUAUUCUUGACCCUCAACGUUUCGCAGCUAUAUCACAGGCAUUGUGGUAUUUCGAUGAUGAGGAUUCGGCUAGCUGGGCCGGCAAGGAUGGCAGCACUCCCCUACACCUUGCUACCCACUUUGGCUUGAAUAAGUUGGUGGUCGAGCUCCUCGCAAAUGGAAUCGAUCCCGAUGUCCGAGAUUUGAAUGGCGUUACACCUCUGGCUUUGGCUGCUGUUCGUGGCCUUCACGAUGUAGCUUCAACUUUGAUCGCUGCUGGUGUAAAUGUGAACUCUGUGGACAAUCUCGGAAGCACUCCAUUAUAUAGCGCAGCUCAAAACGGCCAUCAGACCACAGUGAAACUUCUCCUAGAUCAGGAGAAUAUUGAUGUGAACCUCAUCGUCACAGAAGUUACACCUCUGAUGACUGCUGCCUACCAAGGACACAUUGACGUGGUAAGGGCCUUCUUGCACAAGCCUGGUCUUGACAUCAACAAAGGCUCCAGGUCUCGCAGAACAACUGCCUUGAUGCAUGCGGCUCUUGGUAACGAGCGGGAAGUGGUCGAUGCACUUCUGACACAUCCUGCUAUCGACAUCAACGCGCAAGACAAAGCUGGCUCUACCGCUCUGCUUAUGGCUGCAGAGGACGGUCAUCGUCACAUUGUCGAGAGCCUCCUCGAUCAUCGUGCGGAUACCGAGGUCCAGCAAGAGGGUUCGCUUGGAACUGCCCUCAAUCGAGCAAUUGAUUACAAUUGGAUACCCGUUGUUGAACUGCUCCUCGAUCGGGGUGCAAACGUUCACCACAAGGAUGUGUUCCAGCGAGGGAUGCUACAUUCUGCUGCUAUCAAUGCCCGGAGUGAAAUUAUCGAUAUCCUCUUAAAAUUUGAUUCCACCUUGAAUGUCAACAUGCAGGACGUAAACGGAAAGACAACACUUCACGACGCGGCCCGCUCUGGAUCUGCAGCGACAGUCAGGAUUCUGCUUACCCACGGUGCGGACCCGACCAUUAAAGACAGCUAUGGCCGGACACCCAUCUAUGUCGCCCGCGAGACCAAUCAAACUGCUAUUCUAGAGAUACUCCGAGUAGCAAGACUGGCAGAGAAAAAGCGGGCAACCGAUGCUGAGCUUCCUAGUAAGGCUCCUCAACGGACCGCAACUGGCACCAUCAUUCAAUCGCCCAUGCGUACAGACACGGAGUUUUCAGUCAACGAGCCAUUGUCCAUAUGGGCAUUGUCUAGCGCCGAGUCAAUUGAAGAGCUCCGCACACGACUUCCAAUUGCCACUGCAUCCGAGAUUAGUGCACAGGAUCCGGAUGUCGGUGACUCGGCUCUCCAUUACAGUGCUACUCGCAACAACGUCGAGAUAGCUCGCUUGCUGAUCGAGUUUGGCGCCCCUUUGAACUUGUCCAAUAACUACGGUCGGACCCCUCUACAUCUGGCAGCUCUUUACAACAGCACAGAAGUUGCAAAUAUCCUCAUAGAUGCAGGUGCUGAGGUUAACUUAAAAGAUAUAUGGGGCGAAUCCGCCUUGUCAACCGCUACAGUAUAUGACGAGAGCAUCAGUGCUGUUCUGGUUGACCGUGGUGCUGCUUUACCCCAAGAUCGUCGCGAGCUGAACACCAUUCUCGAUAUAGCCGUCAUGUCUGGGAAUAAAGGCGCUGUUCGAAAGCUAGUGACUGCUGGUGCGGAGGUUUGGAGGAAGAAUGCGCUGGGACAUACACCAUUUGCCUUGGCACGGGUCUAUAACCAUGAGGAUAUUGCCAAUUUGCUUUUGGAACUUGGGAAACUCUCUGACAUGCCAUCAUCCCAAGAAUCCAUAGAUAUGCCAGAAGAAGGAGCUUUGUCCUCAGACCUGGCCCAGAAGGAGACUGGUGUUGAGUCGACAUCGACAGUAUUCUCAGAAGACACCGAAAUCUCAACUCUGUCUCCAGAGUUUGUGUCAUCUACUGAUGAUUCUGGGAAGAACUUUGAUUCAACAGAUGGCUCUUUGAAGGAAGACGUCCAGGAGAUGAAGAGCACCACAGUUAAGCCUUCCGUGAUAGUCAAGAGCAGCCCGGCAGCCCACUGGUUGAAUAUCAUAUUCCCCCACAGCUGGGUCCUUUGGAUCCUUAUAGCUGUACUGGGUAUACUUGCUGCUACCUUGUCUGCAUCAUGA